UGUCGAAAAAAGCCAUUUCGAUCACAAGCAAGAGACAUUGUUUACAAUGUAUACCAAAAGAUUUGUGCAGAAGAAGAUAAAGAUCAAUCAGAAUCUUCGAUUCUAAAACGAGUUCAAACAUUGACCGGAGUUUCUUCCUCUACCAUACGAAGAAUUGUUGGUGAAGGAAGAGCAAACGGCGGUGUGUUCUCAACACCCGGCAAAAGGAGGAAAAGGGGAAAGAAAAAAAUUAAUCUGGACAGUUUUGAUUUAGAAGUAAUCAGAAAUAAAAUAAAAGAAUUUUAUACUGUAAAGAAAGAAAUUCCAACUCUGAGGAAAUUAUUACAAACUCUUCGGGAAGACAUUGAUUUCAAUGGAGGCAGAGAAUCAUUGAGGCUUAUUCUGAAAAAUAUUGGCUUUGACUUUGUGAAGUGCCAAUCAAAAAGAACAAUUUUAAUGGAUCACGACAUCAAGAUACAAAAAUUCAGGUAUUUAGAGUGUAUGAAGAAGAACCGUGAAUCUCAACAACCUGAUAAACUAGAUGUAGUUUAUUUAGACGAGACCUAUAUACACGGUUCAUGUUCUGUAAAUAAGUGUUGGCAAAGUAAAGAUAUUGCAGGUCCAUCUAAAAGUAUUUCAACGGGGGCAAGAUGGAUUAUUGUGAAUGCUGGUGGAGAAAACGGUUUUGUACCCAAUUGUUGCCUAAUAUAUAGGUCAAAAAGUAUAUCUGCUGACUACCAUCAUGAUAUGAACCAAAAUAACUUUAGAAAUGGGUCACGGAAAAGCUAAUACCAAAUCUUACGAAAUCAUCUCUGAUUGUUAUGGAUAACGCAAGUUAUCAUUCUGUACAAUUGAAUAAACCACCCAUACAAGCUAACCGUAUAGCUGAUAUUAAAGAAUGGCUCCUUAGAAAUAAUAUUUACUAUGAAGAUCAUUGGCGUAAUUGCCAAUUACUUGAAGCAGUGCAACAAAACAAGUCUCCACCUAUAUAUGAGCUUGAUGAAAUUUUUAAGUCGCACGGUCAUGAAGUAUUAAGGCUUCCACCUUACCAUUGCACUCUAAAUCCCAUAGAAAUGAUAUGGGGUAUAAUGAAGCAGAAAGUUGCCGAGAAGGAUGUUAAUAGGCCUGCAAGUGAUAUCAAGUAAAGUAAAGUAAAGUAAAAGUAAAAUAUUCUUUAUUGUACACCAACAAGACAGUAAUAUAUAAAUUAACAACAGAGGAAGCUUUCUCGGAAAUUGGUGCAGCUGAAUGGCGAAAAUGUUGCGAGCAUGUAAUAAAAGUUGAAAAUGAUUUUGAUGCAUGACACAAACUUACAAAAUUACCAAAAAAUGUUCCAAAUUUACACCAGCUACACUACAAUUUGACACACGAAUUUAUAAGAGCGGCUUCAUCUAGUUAUGGCUCCGUCCAGUGUAAAUAUUAUUGGACCGAGGGUCUGAUACCAUUCGAAGGUUCAGCACUGAAAUUAGAAAAUGAGUUGUGUUCAUUGUUAACAGUUUUUUCAUA